CAGGGGUUACAGCAGCACGGAAUAUGCUCGCAAAUAUGUGAUUUUGUACAAAUCCUACUCGCAGUCAGGUGAUUGAGGUCGCGUGCGGACAUCGACAACAUCUCACCGCCGGUAAAGAAGAAACGUGCGCGCGGAGCAGCUCGUGUAUUUCUACGGUUCCUUGUGGAGGUUGUUGGACGGGACAGCGGAGCAUCGACUGAGCCUCGUGUUUAGUCCUUAAAUAACCCAGGCUGCCUCCAAGGUCCCCGGUGUAUUGCUCUACCUCCAUCCCAGCGAUGCUGCCCUGCCUGCGGAGAGUCCUGCGGCCCGCUCUCUCUCUGAGAGCCGGGACUGGGUCGGCCACAGCCGGACUCAGCAGCCACCAAACAGCCGCCGCAGCGCGGCUCGCCUCGGAGCCUCCUCUGUCCAUGCUGGUGCAGCGGUGUAACCUGGGAACUCACCCGCUGAAGGAGCCCGUGGAGCCCCUCAACUCGCCCCGGGGAGCCAAGGAGUUUAUUUAUACUCUUCAUCCGUCUGAGAGGACCUGCCUGCUGCGAGAACUGCACAGGUUCGAGUCCAUAGCCAUAGCUCAAGGACAGCUGGAAGUUGCACCACCGACUGCAGCACAGUUAAGAUAUGUUCUGCUGCACAAUGCGAUUCCUUUCGUAGGAUUUGGAUUCCUGGACAACUGCAUCAUGAUUGUUGCUGGCACACAUAUUGAGUUAUCCAUCGGUGUGGUCCUCGGCAUUUCAACCAUGGCAGCUGCUGCCCUUGGCAACCUGGUGUCUGAUCUGGCAGGACUAGGGCUGGCAGGUUAUGUGGAGGCCUUGGCGUAUCGGCUGGGAAUGCAGAUUCCUGACUUAAGCCCAAAACAGGCCGACAUGUGGCAGACCAGAGUCAGCUCUCACUCGGGUAAGGCCAUCGGUGUUGGCAUCGGCUGCAUCCUCGGCAUGUUUCCUCUCAUGUUCUUCAAGGAUGAUGAUGAAAAGAAAGAAGGGCAGACAGAAGCGGAGGAGAAAACGCAACCCACACCUGCUCCAACAGAGAGCAGCAAAAACUGAAACCUUCAUCUUGUCAGAGACAAAUACUAUUUGGAAUCCAUUAGAAUACUUUAAACUGGGACUGGAGUGUGUGGAAAUGUCAUUCAACCUGUCUAAUCCCCGGCUACUUUACUUUGCGAGGCCCAGUCAAACUAUCAAAGGUAUUCUGAAGAGGAUUUUAGAUAGUAUUUGAUUGUGGACUUUGAACUUUGGCAUAGGGACCUGACUGUCUCUUGAGGAGACAAAAAAUGGAUGAUUCAUUGGACUGCUGCUACUCCAACUAUUGCACCGUAACCUCAAAAUGUCUUGACUGACCGACUCCGGCUGAAACUCAUUUACCUAAACCACACUGCAGUGGCCUCUUUCUCUGUUGAAUACAUAAACCUCUGACUCUAAAUGGUUAGACAGCAGGUAAGGGUAAUUGAAAGUUUGGGGGCUUACGAAAAUGACAACAACUUAAAUCUCACUCUCAGAGCAUGAGUAUCUUUAAAGGUUUCUUGUAUAUUGUCAGAAAUCCUGAUAACUCAUAGAGGAAGGCUGAGCAAAGAAGCAUGUUAAUGGUGCAUUUCAGAAGUGUUAAAUUAAUUCUUAAUCAGUUUUUUGAAGGUGAUGAUGAGCCAAGGAAAGAGGGUCACCUUUGCAUAUAAAGGUGCACCCAUCCACUUAAAGUAUCUGUAGUUUUACAAGCAUGUCUGCCUUUUGAUGAUGGCAAAGUCUUAAAAGGUCUCGCCAGCCUCACUCACACUCCAUGACAACCAGCAAGCUGCUUCUAGUGAGAAUACAAGUGGUUAGAUAAGUUACACCUGCUAGCUGCCUCUUUACUUCGGAAGAUUUUUAUGUUUCUUUUUUGUUUAUCGAUGAGCUUUUUGAUGAUUACAUAUGGCAGUGAGAUGCACCAAAUGUCUUCAGCUGAAUGUAACCAGGUACGUGUAGUUUGACAUCUAACCUUUUAAAGAGUGGCUUGUUCCUCAGAGGAGUUGUGCAGAAAUGAGAGGAAUAUAGUGAGGCUGAGGGAGGAAGAGAUGGAGAGUAACUGUGACAGAAAGAUAAGAAAUGCCAACACCGAGCCACCUGAGACCUCGUCCCAUAUUCACUGACCCUCUGGCUCCAACACCACAUGAUUUAUCUUCUUCACCAACCUGCAGCUGAACUACAACAGUCCUCUCUAAUGCAUGGUGAGAUAGCACCAGGCAGGUUGCACAAAACACCUUAAGAUUUUCCUUUAAGUUUAAGUGAAACUUUUCCUAAAAGGUUCACUUGAGUAUUUGAGUUUUUCUCCCUGAAUUGGUCUUUUACUUAAAGAAUUCCUAAGCCAAAAAAGCAAAAAAAAGACCAAAUGAAGGUUAAAUAUAUAAAUAAUUUACCUAUGACUUUAUCUUAGUCAGAACAUGGCUAAUGGCAGUAAGUUAAAAAAUGAACACAUCCUAAGAAGAGUGUUGUGCGACCAUUUGAUUUAACACUACAGACUUGACUGAAAAAAAUCAUUUAUUUAUAUUUUUAAUGUUUAAAUUUUUUAAUUUUUGUUUUCUGUCUGCUGUAAUUUGGGUAUCAAAUUUACUUUUAAGUAUCUGCUUCCUACUAUUUUGUUCAUCCAGCAGUAUGACCUUUCCCUCCUCCAAUCAUUUUUUUUUUUUCAUUUUUUCAUCUGCCAUUUUUAUGAGAAGAACACCUUGAGGGUCAAAUGUUAUGUAAAUGCCUCAAUGUUUUUCCUUAACUAAGAUUUUAAGGGAUUCUAUGCAACUGCCUUAAGUAAGUACCUCAGCUAAAGUGAAAAUAAUCCUUCAGUGUCAUACUUUAGGAGAAAGCUGAAGGUGUUUUGUGCAACUGGUCCCAGCCCUCUACUCCACUUUGACUUCACAGUCAGUGAGAUGUUUGUUAAUCUGUUUUCAUUCUGUGUAAAGUCUAUUACUGCUUUUUUUCACUCAGCUACACUGUAGGUGUAGGUAUAUUAUAUUGUCUCUGCUGUGCUGCCCUCUGCUGGCUGAAAUUCAGAGGAAGCUGUUUGUUUCUUUCAGUUACAUACUGCCACACGCUAUAGAUCAUCAGCUAUUUGCUUUUCCUGUUUUGGUAUUCAAGACCCUCGAUGUCUUGCCAUUAAGUUCUGUGUUAAUCUACAGCAUCAGCCCACCAUGAAACAUGAAGGCAGAAAGGAUCUAUUGCGGAUAAUAAUCAAUUUAAGUCUUAAUUCAGCUGUCACUGAUUUCCUAAUUUAUCUUUUGAAGAGUUGUGUUUGUCACCUGCUUGGCUCAGGUUGCUCAUCUCAUCAGCAGAAAUGAAGACCGUUUAUGGCGUUGAAUCUGUUGAGAAAAGAAAGGAAGCAGCCACGUGUCACUGACUGGAAUUUCCUCGCAGAAAAAUGUAUUUAUUUUUGUUAUAAUAUCCAGACUUGUAUUCAUGUAUGUUCUCACUGUAUAUUCCCUUUAUCUCAAAGGACAAUGAAUAUAAGAAUAGAAAGUAUUUGUUAGCUAAAAAACACCUUUGUUAGUAUAUUUUCAACAGGAAGUACUUUGCAGUUGAUCGCUCCAUGUUACAGACCAUACUUGCUAAACAUGCUCUGAAGACUUACCCUGUAUGAGAUUGUUCUAGUUAUUUAUUAUGUGGGUAACAGUGAUCUUAAACAGUGACACAAAUGAAGAAAAGAACUUAACAUAUUUAUGUAGUUAGGAUUUUUGAUCUGAUUGCUUGAUUUCCACCUUGCAUGCACUGCUAAUAAAAAAAAACUAUUGUACAUGUUCACUGUGUAAGAACCCUAAAAAAAAAAAGUUAAUGCGUUGCAGCAGGAUGCAAAUUCCUGGAGGUGAUAUGCAAAAGUAAUGUGAUUGACAUGCAAAAGACUUUUGACUGCUUUAUACGGCUGUCUGAACAAGCACAAGGCAUCUUCUUUUCCUAGAAAUGAUAAACAUAGUUUAAAGUUCAAUGAUCUGUUUCUGAGUAGCCUUGCAGAGGUUUUGCAGGUUGGUAACAGAGCCCUCUGCUGGGAUGUGAACUGGCAAAUGCAGUGUGGAGAUUUGAACAGUGUGUGGAUCCUUCAAAGAGCAGAAUGUGAUGAGAAAACUGCUCAGUGGGCAAAAUGUGAUGAUAGUAAUAGUUUCCAGUAACAGCAGUAAUUUUCCUCCUUGCAUUGGAUCAUUAAAUUGCCUGUUUCACCACUAUAAGACUGUUUUUUGUGCACAGUCAGUCAAGGUUUCAAAAUACUGUAAUUUUGGAGCCAUUAUCUUUUUCCAAAAUUCACUUUACACUGCAUCACUUAACCAUGUUCUGCCUCUCUCCUGAAGGAAAACAAAAAGUUCACAAAAGCUCGGUGUUGAUACGUUAUCUUGAAUCGAUGCAAGUUAAUCUUUGGAAAAAAUCAAGAAUUCCUUAAAAAACAUUAAAGAAUUCUGCCUGGGUUGCCUCCUUCAUGUGUGUAAUACAGUAUGUUGCAGUUUGUGAGUACAUACUUACCUUUCUGCUGAUAGUUUUUGUGUACUUUAAGCUGGCUGCCUAUUAUUUAGUUAGAAAUUAUUGUGGAGUUCUUAUUGCUUUCAGUGUUGGUUUGGACCUGCUUUGGUUUCAGAAGAUUUGGAAGCUUUACUAUCGUGAGAUUUGGACAAGCAGGAGUCAUUAGCCAGAGAAAUUUCAGUCUACAGUACACAGACAUUACUGUCCAUACAGUUUAUAGAACACGGUCCUGUAUUUGGAGACCAUAUUGUUCAUCUUAUGAUCUGAAAGAAUUUCUUAAAAAACUAUCAGUUCCGGAGUUGCAUGUUAAAAUUGUCUUCAAUAAGGGAGAAUGUGGCAAUUUUUUAGCCGCCCUGGGCGUUGCUCCAAGGUUGGCAUUGUUUCUCUGUCGUUCAGUCAAACCACCACUUUGGUCCAAAAUGACAUAUCUCAACAUUUAGAUGGAUUGCUGUGAAAUUCUGCACAAACAUUCUUGUUCCUCCGAUGAUGAAGCUCACCAACUUUGGUCAUUUCCCCUGGCACCUUUCCUCACGGUUGGUGUAAGCUGCAUGUGUAUAAGCCAAAGUUACUUUACUACAUUUAUAGAGCAAUGAACUACUGCUGUUGCAUUAAAACCUCUGAAGCAUCAACUUUGCAGGAAGUAAAAAAAUUUAAAACAGAAAAGUCAUUAAAAGAGUGACCAAUGAUAAAUUGAAAAAAGGAUAGUUAUAUGCACACUACUAAGGUGCAAGACUAUCAAAAAACGACCUUUCAUGAGGGAAAAAAGGUAUCACCUGCACACUUACUCAAUGCCACACAAGUUUAUUGAAGACAACAUUUUGAUUCUUCCUGGAUCUUUAUCAGGUCAAAUGAUAAAUUAACUAAACUUCAACACAUCUGCACAGAUUUAGUCUGUUCUCUGCUGCACAGUCAUGCACGUUCAGUCAUUUCUCUCUCUGAAGCGAUGAGUGUAAAUCACUUUAAACGCUAUGAGAUCAAAUCUGCAUAACAUGGGUUACAGAUCUGAUUUUUUUUUUUUUUACUGUGUACUUGUAUCUUUGCAGCACCAUAAUGUGUAGCAUGUUUCUUUCAGUGCUAUGCUAAUGCAUUUUAUAUUUUUUGCCUCAUGGUAUACGUUCAGUAUAUUCUGUACAUAUGUAAGAAGAAAAGAGAAUUUAAAAAAAUUUCUUAAGAUGAAUAUAAUAUAGAGAUGCGGAGAAGUUUGUGUGUGAUGUUUCUUUUUUUUAUUAUCAUUUUGUCUGCUUUAAUUAAACAGUUCAGAUCACCUGGCUGCAAACAUCUGGCCUUGUGUGGAUUUUCCCAUUACAUGCUG